CCGGGGAAGGGCGUGGUGUCCGCGCCGCUGCGGCCCGAGGGAUCCCCAAGCCCGCCCGGAGCGGGGUGCCGAAGGCGCCGCUCCCUCGCCCGCAGCCGGUCCCCGACGCCGCUUCCCCAGGGACGCCCUUCCCCCGGGCGGUACCCGGCACGGGAGGGGAGAAAGGGGCUCCGGUUCUGGUUGUGGGACCUAGCGCCCGGCUCGAGCCCUGAAAAGUUCCACUGUGGCUGUAGGAGGGUCCCUGUCUUCAAAACCGCUGCUGACAGCGACGCUCACUUGGCAGUUCUCCGAGACGCUUUUAAUGGAGGUUUACACAGUUACUCGCGCCUGCGGCAGCAAAGGAGAGAUCCGGUGUUUACCCUCUGAAGGGCAUGUGUAAACUUCCAGAGGAUGAUGAACAUGAAGCUGAUGGACUAAUUAGAGAAACGCAUUGGCAUCAACUAAAGUCAGAAUUCCCAGGAACUUGAACAGAGGCUCCCAGUAAUUGCUGCCGAGAGAUAGCUCCAAAGAAGGCAGGAAAGAAUACAGCAGAUUUUCAGACAGAAUGGAAGGGAGGGAGAAGGGGGAUAGGGGAGAGAGAAACAUCCACGUGAGAGAGACACAUUGAUCGGUUGCCUCCCACAUGCUCCCUGACUGGACAAGGGAUCAAUCCACAACUGAGUGCUUCCUCUUUCUCAUUCAGAAAACCUAUUUCCUGCUGAGUCUGCAAAUAGGAGACCAGAGACAGGAGCUUCUGGCCUUACCCAUGGAAACUCAGGCUGAUCAUGCAUCUCAGGAACCUCAGUCCCUGCUUGAGAGUGAUCUUCCUUCCUCAAAAGUUCCCGAAUUUUCCAACAAGGACAGUUUGGGGGAUGAGAUGCUGGCAGCUGCACUCCUAAAGGCCAAGUCUCAGGAGUUGGUGACAUUUGAGGAUGUGGCUGUCUACUUUAUCCGGAAGGAGUGGAAGCGUUUGGAGCCUGCUCAGAGGGAUCUCUAUAGAGAUGUGAUGCUGGAGAAUUAUGGGAAUGUAUUCUCAUUGGAUGGUGAGACCAGAACUGAGCAUGACCAAGAAAUUUCUGAAGAUACAGAAUCACAUGGGGUGCUAUUGGGAAGAUUCCAAAAGGAUAUUUCUCAGGGUCUUAAGUUUGAAGAAGCCUAUGAAAAAGAAGUCAGUCUCAACAGGCAGCUGGGGAACUCUUCUGGAGAAAAACUGCAUAGGAAGAUACAAGAUUUUGGUCAAGUGACAGUUGAGGAAAAGCUAACUCCUAUGAUAGAGAGAAGUGAGAAAUAUAAUGAUUUUGGGAACAGCUUCACUGUGAGUUCCAACCUUAUUUCACAUCAGAGACUUCCUGUGGGAGACAGACCCCAUAAGUGUGAUGAAUGUAGCAAGAGCUUUAAUCGAACUUCAGACCUUAUUCAACAUCAGAGAAUUCACACUGGGGAAAAACCCUAUGAAUGUAGUGAAUGUGGGAAGGCUUUCAGCCAGAGCUCCCAUCUUAUUCAGCAUCAGAGAAUCCACACUGGAGAGAAACCUUAUGAAUGUAAUGAUUGUGGGAAGACCUUCAGUUGUAGCUCUGCUCUCAUUCUACAUAGAAGGAUCCACACUGGAGAGAAACCUUAUGAAUGUAAUGAGUGUGGGAAAACCUUUAGCUGGAGCUCCACCCUUACUCAUCAUCAGAGAAUCCACACUGGAGAGAAACCAUAUGCUUGUAAUGAAUGUGGAAAAGCCUUCAGUAGAAGCUCUACCCUCAUUCAUCACCAGAGAAUCCACACUGGAGAGAAGCCCUAUGAAUGUAAUGAAUGUGGGAAGGCCUUCAGCCAGAGCUCACACCUCUACCAGCACCAGAGAAUCCACACUGGAGAGAAGCCCUAUGAAUGUAUGGAAUGUGGAGGAAAGUUUACCUAUAGUUCAGGCCUUAUUCAGCAUCAAAGAAUUCACACAGGGGAGAAUCCCUAUGAAUGUAAUGAGUGUGGGAAAGCCUUUAGGUAUAGUUCAGCUCUUGUUCGCCAUCAGAGAAUUCACACUGGAGAGAAGCCUUUGAAUGUAAUAGGAAUGAGCAAAAGUUCUCUGAGAGUUACUGCUGAAUUAAAUAUCAGAGAGUCUACAUGAAAGAGAGCCACACACCUGUUUUUCUCACUUCCUCUGAGUCUGAAGACCCCCUGCCUUACUAUAAAAGUAUGAACAACUUAGGAUGUGUCCCUUCUGAUGCAAAUCUUUCACUUUAGAGAAUGGGGAAAAUUGGACAAAUCAUCCUGGCACAAUGAUUAGCAUCCUGGUCAGUUUCCCCAGGAACAAUACCAGCCUUAAAAAGUUAGGAGGCAAGCAGCAGCUUAAGUGCUGGAAAUAGAGGGAAGCUCUGGGACCAAUCACCUUCCAUUAUGGAAGGGAGUUUGCACUAGAUCAUAUUUCUCACACCAUGGGAGCCUUUCUUACCAAGGUGAAGGUGGAAGCACAGUAGGAGUAAAAUUCUAAGGAUUCCUCUAGUUGGAGUCAGUAUACUCAGCACAGGUGGCAGUGGAAAGAAUGUUCUGGGUCCUGUUACUUGCUAAGAAAGGGAAAAGGAAUUUCAAAUGCGUUGAGGUAACUAACAAGCUGUUAACAAAAGAAAGGGGAAAGAAUGCUGCAUGUGGAAGCCACUGUUUCUAAUCCUGCUUUAAGUUUUGAUAAGGAAAUAGGGUGAUGAGGGAUUUGUUAUUUGAGGGUGAGGAGUUUCUGAAAGUAUUCUGGCAAUUUUGUUGGAGAACCCAGGACUAAUUGGGAAGUACAGCUAAUCAGUCAGUCUAACAUGAGGAAAUGGAUCAAAAGCAUUUAGCAUUAGUCUUUGUUUUCUUUCCUCUUCUCUCCCUCUUCCUCUCACCACUCCUGUGAUAAAAAGUUAUUUAAUUCAAACCCUAGUGACUUAAGGAUGCUUUUAAGGAGCUUGCUCAGCCAGCUCGCCAUGCCCUCUGUCACCUAUGACCUGUGACAUCUGGCUCUAGCAGCCAAACUUCUGACCCCACCUCUGACUUCAACAGCAGAGUAUGAAUGCAAACAUAGCGAAGCCCAGAGAAGGAAGGCUCUGGCCUGUGCCUGGUGGCAGGGCUCCUUGCUGGGUUAAGAUGGAGCUCCUGGAUUUACCAGCUGAAGGGAUGACCUCAUUAUGCUUUCCCAAUACUGCUCAUCCUGUAGCAUAAAUGAAGUGCACUAUUAAACAGAAUAGUUUUUCAGAAGAAGGGCUGGAGUGUGUUCUUGUGUAGGGGCCAAGUUUAUUUUAAUUUAAAC